UAUAAAAUCUGGAUUGGAUUUUAGGAGAGGGAAAAUAAAAAGCGAGUAAGAGAGAGAGAAUUAGAGAUGUCAGGGAAACACGGGAAUGGAAUAUUAACUGUACUUAUACUGCUCGCGUUGCAGUUGCAGGUACUGAUCGUCGGAGGUGAUUACAUCCCGCCGGCCAAACCAGACGGUUUCGUUUACAAGAAUCGUCACUUCGAUUACGAUACAAUUCAGAUUGAAGCUUUCUACGAUCCUUUGUGCCCUGACAGCGCUGAUUCAUGGCCACCUCUCAAACAAGCUCUCGAUCACUACGCCUCCCGUGUUUACCUCCUUGUUCAUCUUCUUCCUUUACCAUACCACGAUAAUGCUUAUGUUGCGUCGCGUGCUUUGCAUAUAGUGAAUGGUUUGAAUGGAUCUGCUACUUUUCCAGUGCUGGAGUCGUUCUUUAAAUAUCAGGAGAAAUUCUACAAUGCUCCAACACGUAACAUAUCUCGAGCUUCUAUUGUAGAUGAAAUAGUGAAGUUUGUAACACCUGUAGCUGGGAACUCUUAUCAGACUUCUAUUAAGAAUGGCUUCAAUGACACAAACACAGAUCUCCAGACCAGGGUUUCUUUUAAGUAUGCUACUUCGAGAGGGGUGUCUGGAACACCGUUUUUCUAUGUAAAUGGAUUUGUGUUGCCUGAUGCAGGAAGUGCUCUUAACUACACCAAUUGGAGGAAUGUUAUUGACCCAUUGAUUGGUGCAAAGAAAAGUAUCUAAGAUGAAGAAUCUCUUCACUGCUUGUUGUAAACGUUGCAGGAUUAUGAAGCUCAGUUGUAUUGUAUUAGCACUUCAUUGGUGAAAGAAUCAAAACACUGUAUAUUCUGAGCAAUAGGUGUGAACCAAGAAUUCAAUAAUGGAAUCAGAGUUAUAAAUAAUUAAAUACA